AUGGCAGAACCUGCUUCUGAAGCAGAUUUUGUGCAGCUCCGCGUGUGCCAGCUAAAAGCAGCUUGCAAAGCACGGGGGUUAGAAACAGCAGGGAACAAAGCCCAACUUACAGCGAGACUUGUUGAGCACGGGGGAUCUUUGAAAGAUGAGGUUUUGGCGCUGCGGCAGACUUAUGCUGGUGGUUCGCCAAUUCGUGUCCAGUCCAAAUUGAAAAGCAAAAAAACAGGAUCAACCAGGCGCGCCACUGGCCCCAAAAUUUGCCACGAAGACUUUUGCAGACUUCUUUUGGCCAUAGAAGAUGGUUCUUUUCGCUGUUCUUGUGGCGAAUCAUUGCGGCACCGCAAUGGCCGGUUUGGUCUUUUUCUGAUUUGUGGAUGUGGCCACAUCGAAAGACUGGAGAAAGCGGUCGCGCGCAUGCAGGUUCAGGACCUGGAGGAUCCUGUGACGCUCACAGUGGAGCUGGAAAGCUUCGACAUGAUACGCGUCCACGCCAAAGGGGCUCGGGACUGUGGGCAGUUGCGCGCUUGGGCAGAGGAGGCUCAGUUUGGUGAGCCGGUGCAGGAUUGGGAGGAUCCGAGCUGGGUCUUCUACGGUGCAGAGGUGGUGGCACGAUCCGGGCGCGUGGAGCGUGUGGGCUACGUUUUUGAUCAUCGACAGAUGGACAUGGCGCUGGAGCGCUUGAAGGCAGUGACAGACCGUGUGGAACAUGCAACAGGAAAACGAGGGAAGCUCGUUCGAGUCGACCAAUUGCCAGUGGCAGCAGCACAAUAUCUCCAUGGAAAAUCCUGGAUGCCAACGGCUAAGUGGGCCGCUCAAGUCCUCGAUGACGCUGACAGAUGCUGGAGAGACUGGACUUCCAAGGUUCAACUCUCGGGGGAGGAACUCAUGAACUUGUUCCGGCAAAGGAGCGCACUCUGGGAGAGGGACCUGGUGCAGGUGGCAGUCGCAGCUGGUGUGGCGACAGAGGAGGAGUUGGACUGGCAGGAGCUCUUGCGAAGAGAGGUCUCCAAUCCACCUGAUGCCACCUUCCAGCUGGCAAGUCGGGAGGCCAAACGCCUUUGCCAAGCGGCGCUUUCACGCGCCUCGUGCCUUUCGAGGCUAAGAAACUUUCAAUGGGAAGGGGUCCGUCGGGCUUUGGAGCUGGGUGGUCGUUGCCUGAUUGCAGAUGAAAUGGGAUGUGGAAAAUCAGCGCAGGCUCUUGGUGUUGUUGCAGCCUACGACUUGUGGCCAGUCCUGAUCAUUUGCCCUGCAUGCAUGCGUCUGGUGUGGGCUGAGGAGUUGGAAAUAUGGCUUCCAGCAAUCUUGCAACCUCGUCAUGUUCAUGUCAUUUACUCCUCCAAUGACAUGCUACCAGCGAAUCGGGAUCAAGGUGGCCUGGGCGAUAUACGGGUGGUCAUUGUGUCUUAUGCAAUGGCGAGGCUGCUUUUUGAGAACCUCAGCAAACGCCCAUGGCGUUUGGCAAUCGUUGAUGAGUCCCAUGCCCUGCGCAUGAUCAAUGGAAAGGCAGGGCAAGCCACUCGAGCUGUACUGGAAUUGCUGAAGCCUAUCCCACGCGUUCUUCUCCUUUCCGGCACUCCUUCACGCUCAAACUACCUGGAUAUCUUCACCCAGGCGAAUUUGUUGCGUCCUGGUUUGCUGGGAGAGUCCUUUCAUAGCUUCGCCCGUGACUAUGAUGAGCCCAUUUUGUCCUCAUCCAGUCACCUCCUGCCAGGGCGUUGUCGGCGCAGCUGGCAGCUGGCACUUUUGUUGCGGGAUGCGAUCAUGGUGCGUCGCAGGAAGAGCCAGGUUUUGGAGGAUUUGCCGCCCAAGCACCGGCGCCUCGUGCGCCUGGCACUGACUGCCGCUGCAAGCGGCCUGUGUGAGGCUGAGACUUCGGCUUCGACGGACUUCGAACGCUGCGGGCUGCUGAAGCUGGUUGCAGCAGAGAGCUGGUUGAAAGAGAAGCUGGUGAGCCACUGCGGAGGUGGCCAGAAAGCAGUGGUUUUUGCCCACCAUAUCCGAGUUCUGGACCGUCUUUGCAGAGUCAUGGACCUCGACUCAAUUCGCAUUGACGGUUCGACACCACCGAUCACGCGACAAAGCCUUCUAUCAAAGUUCAUGAGCAAGAAUGGGCCUUCACUGGCCUUCAUCGGAGUCACAGCGUGCGCCGUGGGGGUUGACCUCUCGGCUGCGUCCCUGGCCAUCUUCGUCGAGCUGCCGCCGGACGCCUCGUGGCUGCUCCAGGCCGAGGAUCGCUUGCACCGGCACGGACAACGUCAGGCCGUGGACAUCCUCCUCCUGCUCGCCGCGACCACUCCCUCCGACCGGGCGGCGCCGCGGCGUGCGGCCCGCGGCGCCCGCGCGGCCGCCUGGACCGGCGCCGAGACGCGCCGCGCGAUCGAGGCCGAAGAGAAGCGCUGGGCACAGCUGCGGACCCGGCUUCGGGAGGUCACUGCCUUGCAUGAGGCCGCCAGUGGACGAAUCAGUGGAUCUGACCAGCCCAGCAUGUCGAGCGCAUGUGCUGGCGCUAUGUCGGGCGGUAGAUAUUCUUCAGGUGAAUGCUUUGAGUUCACCUUUGAGAUGUCACCACACACUCAAAGGCUUCAUCCCUACAUGAAUGGGCAGCCAAUGGGUUUCAGCUUGAGGGAACAGGACGAGAUUCUGGACAUGCCUUCGUUGGACCAGCGCAUUGCAGAGGUGCUUCAGCGAGAAGCCGCAGAGUUUCGAUCCAGUUGGAGCCAGCUCAGUCCCUACCAGCAGAAGUUGGCAAAAGGGAAAGCCCACAAGGCCCAGAACAUCCAAAUGCAGGCAGCGCCUCCCUUGACGGGUUCUCGUGUGCGCUUCAACCCAACCAUCACAGGUGAUGAGGCCAAAGCUUUGCCUCGCUGUGAAGUGAGCGUGCGAUAUACGCAAGGUCGCCUGGGCGGCCAUACCUUGAAAUUCUUCCAGCCAAUCUCCGAUGGGAGGCUUCUUUGCCUGGAAUGCUUGAAACCUUGUGAGGCUCACACAGUGAGACCCGAACUGGUGACUUCGUUCACUGCUUCGGACGGUGAGCAUGUGACGCACCAGGCUUCCUCCACGGAGACUGACCUUUUUUGUGCUGGCUCCUGCAGGGCGCGCUUCUUUGGGAAGCGCAAUGAGAGCAGUUUGCGGCGGCAGCUUUUUGAUUUGGAACGGGGAGUCUGUCAGAAAUGUGGUGCGGACUGUCAUGAUCUAUGGCAAACUUUGCUAGCUUCCAGCCCGGAGAGACGCAAAAAGCGCUUGGAGGAGGUGGCACCUGGCUUGAAGUCGCCAUCAAAGGUGACUGAGGGCUCCCUGUGGCAAGCAGACCACGUGGUGCCUGUGUGGCGCGGGGGUGGUCUUUGUGGCCUCGAGAAUCUACAGACGCUUUGCACAGCGUGUCAUAGUGAGAAGACCAAGAAGGAGGCUCAAGAGCGCAAGGCCUGUGAGUUCAAAGAUGCCUUUGAAAACAUCAUUCGGCUCAUUAGGACUUGCUUGGCAUUGGCAAGCUCAACAUUGAUGUUCCAAACUUGUUGGCGGGCGCAGAAAGACCUGGAUAGGUUUUAUUGA